ACAUCAUUGUACAUUGUGUGUGCAACAUCUAUAUAUGUCCUAUCGGCUCUGUUGAAAGUCAUGGCAGGUCCUGAUCCGGUAAAAACUCUUCUGUAUACCGUCAAUACCCUCCUGCAACAAGAAAAAUAUAAAGCUGCAUUGGCAGUUUUGAAAGGCUUCAGAAACGGCGCCGUAUAUGGGGCCAAGAUCAGAGCACCGCAUGCUUUGGUAAUGACUUUUCUGUUCAGAAGUGGCAGUUUGAAGGACAAGCUCAAAGCUAUUUUGAAGGCCACAUACACCCACUCUCGCAACCUGGCAUGCUUUGUGUUCACAUACAAAGGACUGCAAGCAUUGCAGGAGAGCAUACAGGGAAAGAGUUUGCAGUCUCACUCCUUUCUGGCUGCCUGUGUCGGAGGAUGGCUAGUGUUUGGAGAUAACAACAACAUCAACAGUCAGAUCAAUAUGUACUUGCUGUCCAGGAUCCUGUUCGCGCUGUCUCGGCUGGCUGUAGAGAAAGGUUUUAUCCCCCAGCCUAAACACGACCCUUUCCCGUUCUUCGCCACAUUGGUGUGGGGUAUUGUCUUGUGGCUGUUUGAAUAUCACCCACACACCCUUCAGCCAUCCCUGCAGUCCUCAAUGAACUACCUCUACCAUGACAGCAAUGUGUGGCAUGACAUCUCAGACUUCCUUGUUUAUAAUAAGCCAAGGACUUCUGCUCAGGAAUGAGGCAAUAAUUUCUUUCAGUAUGAACUCUUUAAAUAAUACAAUAAUUUUUUUUAAUUACUUACUCAUGUUCCAAAUAUUAUUGAAUGUUUUGUUUGUUUUUUAAUUAUUGUAAGAUUAUAUUUUCUAUCUAUGAUUGAUUGAUUGAAUUUUAAUGUGCAGGAGUGUGUCACUAAAUACAUCUGCUGAAUUAAAGUGACUAAUUUUAAAGAA